AUGUCUACAAAAGUGCUUCAAUCGCCGCCCCAAACUUAUUCAAGGCUUUUCCGUCCUUGGGAUACCGCAAAUAACAACACAAAAUUGGAUAUCAGUGAAAAUUCAAACAGCAGUUCGCCAUCGCCAGCUCAACUUCCCUCAUCCCCGGCACCAUCGUCAAUCGCAUCUUCCUCGUCGCCACUUCGUUUGAAGCCAUUUUCACGAAUUCCCGUCUCGCCUGCUUCCGAGCUGAGUCCCAUCGUUCAAAAUUCAGCUUUUAUUUAUCCGCCAACUGCUGAUCCCGCUGCCAUGUCAUAUCUCGGCCUGGAUCCGUACACGUUGACCAUCAUGGAGCAGGAAUACGCUCGCGUUCUCGCCGAAGAAGCUGCUGCCAAACAAAUGAGUGCGAAAAAACAACGUCCGAAAAAAUUCAAGUGUCCCCAUUGCGACGUCGCCUUUUCCAAUAAUGGGCAACUGAAGGGUCACAUUCGCAUUCAUACGGGCGAAAGACCUUUCAAGUGCGACGAACCAAAUUGCGGAAAGACUUUUACGAGGAACGAAGAGUUGACGCGACACAAGAGAAUUCACACGGGAUUGAGACCUUUUUCGUGCACCGUUUGCAAUAAAAGCUUUGGACGACGAGAUCAUCUGAAGAAACACACAAAAACGCACAUGCCGCAGGAGAGAUAUACGUUAGCGCCGACGGCUGCGAUGUUUAUGCCGAUGUACUCGCCGUUUUUGUAUGGAUAUUAA